UGCCCACGCUGCUGCCACCGCGCAGCGGCAGGGAUGGCGAGCCGCGGAGUGCAGGCGGUGACGGUAGCAGCGGUUCCGUCAUUGGAUGAGGAGGCUUGAGGGACAGGCCAGCGUGUUGAACAAGGAGAAGCGAGGCGUGUGGCCCCGAGAGAGCGAGGGCAAUGGAGGCCAACACGCCGAAGCGGAAGGAGCCUGGCAAGUCCCUGCGCAUCAAAGUCAUCUCCAUGGGCAACGCCGAAGUGGGAAAAAGCUGUAUUAUAAAGCGAUACUGUGAGAAAAGAUUUGUGUCUAAAUACCUUGCAACAAUUGGAAUUGACUAUGGAGUCACAAAGGUCCAGGUCCGAGACCGAGAAGUCAAGGUGAACAUCUUCGAUAUGGCUGGACACCCGUUCUUCUACGAGGUCCGCAACGAGUUUUACAAGGACACGCAGGGCGCAGUGCUGGUGUACGACGUCGGGCAGAAGGACUCCUUCGACGCCCUGGAUGCGUGGCUGGCGGAGAUGAAGCAAGACCUGGGGCCCCACGGGAGCACGGACAACAUUGUGUUCGUCGUGUGUGCCAACAAGAUCGAUUGUGCCAAGCACCGCUGUGUGGACGAAAGCGAGGGGCGUCUCUGGGCCGAGAGCAGGGGGUUCCUGUACUUUGAAACUUCGGCACAAACUGGAGAAGGAAUUAAUGAGAUGUUCCAGGCCUUCUACGCGUCCAUCGUGGAUCUAUGUGAGAACGGCGGGAAACGCCCCGUCACGAACAGCAGCGCUAGUUUCACCAAAGAACAAGCCGACACCAUUCGCAGAAUCCGAAACAGUAAAGACAGUUGGGACAUGCUGGGGGUCAAGCCUGGGGCCUCGAGGGACGAGGUCAAUAAAGUGUACCGGAAGCUCGCCGUGCUGCUGCACCCGGACAAGUGCGUCGCGCCCGGCAGUGAAGAUGCCUUCAAAGCGGUGGUGAACGCCCGGACUGCCCUGCUGAAGAACAUCAAGUAGGAAGGAGAGCAAACGACGGGUGUCGGGUAUCGGGUGUAGGGCGCGCGUGCAGGCAGACUCUCCCUGGAGGCGAAACGGCCAGCGUGGGUGUUUCCCCCGCAGAACCUCGCCGAGCUUUCCCCCCCGCCGUCUGUCGUCAUUCCUACGUAAGUCCGCGGUCCAGGGCCUGCUGCCGGUUCCCGCGGAGGGAACCGAGCGCCACUGGCACACCCGGGUUCCGUUGGUUUUCCACCUGGAAGUCGAGUGCUCCCGUGGCCCCGCCCUCGGGAAAGUCCCUGAGGCGUCUGGAGGGAGGACAGGAGGGCCCUUUCGCCUUCUUUUCCUCCCUCCCGUCCUUCUUUCCCGCCUGCCUUCCUCCUUCAACAUGGGAGAAGAAAAACAGAAGCAGACUAUAUCAAAACCCCUGAGAGUUUGGGGUGACCUCACAAGCAAGCCGCCCCUUUCAGAACGAGUUCCUUAGGUGCUCUUUUAACCAUCAAUCAAAAAGUAAUGGCCUCUUAGCAGCAGCCCUUUGGAAGUUUGUGAAACAAAGCCACACAUUGAAGCAGCCAGUUUAUGACAUUUAGUCCGUUCCCUUCUCCAGCCACCAGGGGGAGAGACAGGCCAGUCCUAAGUGGAUAAAGCCACCGCAGCCACGCUUCUGGGUACACUGCGCUGCUACCGUGCCCCUGGGCGGGAGGGCCCUGUCUGGCUGGGCAGGUGGGUGCCAGCUGCUGUAGGGAGCACCAUCACCUAGGGAUCAGGAAUGAGGCCAGGACGGGUGCGUGCAGGCCACGCUAGAGUGUGCAUUCAUCUCAUCACGCACAGCAGCUGACUCGGGCGUGUGGAUGCCACGGGAGAGCGCCCGUGUGAGGCUUACGUCUUGUCUCGUUUCUGCCUCAUUUGCCAGGGACAGGUGGGGAGGGUGAGGUGCCCUGCAACAUGCCGGCCUCCGCUCUGCUUCUUCACCGGUGUCAGUUCCCUCUCCUCCUCCCCUCGUUGAUUUACACACCACGUCUGCCACCAUUUCUCUGUUCUUGGGUCCCCGGCUUGCAGCCACUGUCUCCUCCAUCCCCCCUCACAAGCCUUGAGCUGGGCCUGGCUGACCAGGGACCAGGAUGGGUCCUUCAGGCAGUGCGGGAGCGAGGGGUCUGGAAGCUGGCAGGGGGAGGAAUCUCUGUGAUCUUGUUUGGGUUCCAAAUCUCUGAAUAGUAACACUUUUAAACUACAGGUUAUGAAAAUUCAUUUCCCAGAGAGAAAAAUGUUUUCUUGCCAUAGUCUCCUCCUUCAUCUCCAGGAGAUGAAUGAAGAUCAAGUGUUAGGACUGGCCGUUUUUGGGGGCCCACACGACCGCUCCCACUGUGUGGCUCGUGACCUCCUCACCCUCGUUGUGAGGUCCGUAUUUUCAGCUGUGACCAGUCUGCACCAGCUGGGGCUCUCAAGUACGCAACACAGUGCUGUCUCUGGAUUUUAAAUAGCUAUCCAUGUUGAUCGCCAGGUAGCGCACCUUAGCACCUCGGGAGCAAAGCCACUUCCACUGACCUCAAGCCCGGGGCAGCCUUCUGGGCGCUUCCCCUCCGCCGGCGGCUUCCUCGGGGUGGCUGCACUUGGGCCGCGUGGGGCCUGUGGUCAGCAAGCCUAGAAAACUGUCAGCUGUUUUCUAGGAUGACGUUUCUUCUUGGCGAUGCUGGGAAUGCUCUUCUUUAUGGAUGGAGAUCUGAGAUAUGGUUUCUUAGAGGAUCGUCCUCUGGCCUUGUAAUUUUAACCAGCCUCGGAACUGCAGAACUCCAACCCAAAGUUCUUCUGGACCUAAGUGUUGCUUAAGGCCUUCAUCACGCCUAGGAUAAUUAAACAUCGAUCUGUUCUCACAACAGAAUUUAGGAGUCGCCUGAGUGAGGGACUGUGCACCACGGCAGUGCCAGCCCAGGCUGACAGAGCGGCUCACUGAGUGCGAGGCCCUGUGUGUAAGAAGCUGGUGCCCGUUGUUAACACUGUUGCUAAGCGCGGGACCGGCCCCUCCUUCAGCUGCAGUGCGCAGGUGGGCACGUGUAGCGGAGGGUCCCUGAGGCCCCCAUUCGCAUCCUUAUGUAACCAGUGAGCUGUUGAGAUUCGGCCUGGUCUCGACUCUUAGGUCUUGGGAGUCAGUUCCCAGCACCCUCUUGGUGAAUGUUAAGGAUGGCCAGGUACUACUUUAUGUAAAAGGAAGAAAAGAAGAAACUUAAGCUUCAAGGCCCUAGAAUUUUUCUGAUUUGGUAAUUCUUCAGAAGAAUAUCAAAUGAUAAGAAGCUCGGUCUGCAGUGAAAAGUUGUUUGGUAUCGCACCGACUCCACAGACCUGUGCACAUCAAUGUAACUUCUUGGUGCAAAUGUGUCCUUUGUAGUUCAACCUGAAAAUUAUUCAGCCAGUUCGGAUUUCAGAAUACAUCAGUGACAGUAACAACUAGCAGAAUAAUUUCAAUGGUUAAAAAAAAUUUUUAUGGAGAAAAACUUGUUUUUCAAAAAGAAUACAAAGUUUGAGCAGCUAUUAUUAAAGAAAAGCCAUUUCUUCCACAGCUGAGUCACCGAGAAUUAACACUUUUAAAACUUGUUAGAGAUCCCCAGAGGCUUUCAAAUCAGUCCUCCAACCUACCCAAGCGCUUUAAAAUAACACCCGGCUUUUGUUCCCUUGUUCCCCUUUCCUGCCUCCUUCCGGGCGGAGGUUCUCAGCUGUCAGCUCUUCUCCUCCUCCAGCCUCGUCACCCGGCUCCCCCGCGUGCACGCCCCUGGGCCUGGGUGGUCUGCUGACCGGAAGUCCCGCCUCCGGGAUUGCACCGCCCCCGACACAAAAAUGCCCUGGUUGGGUAGCUCGCACCUUCAGGGAGCUUACUCGAGUGUGUUCUCAGCAUCCCAUUCUCAACUGGUAAACAUCUCUUUACACCCGUAAACCAGAGCCUGAUUCACUGUUAGUUCGAUGAGCCAUCAAUCAGGCAGCUGAAUUUCUGAAAGAGUCGCGGUGAGGAUGUGGCCCUAGCGAUGAGGGUGCUGCUGCUCGCAGAACACAGUCUCGGGGGGAGGCACGCGUGGCAGGUUCACGUGGGCGUGGGCGGGGCUGCACCCACUUUGUGUCUGACAGGGACGGCGCCCUUGUGACAGGCGCUUGCAGUAGGCCCUGGAAUGUCACCUCGCCGCACUCCCUCCAGCUCACCCAACCUGCCAGCAAUUCGGUAAAACUUUUGAAAAGGAAUUUAGCUGCAAAAGAUAGCUAACCACCUUCUGGUGCAAGUUUUGCAAAGUGCGAAGAGGGUCGCCCUUCUUGUGAUGGCCAUUUGGCACAACUGCAAGGCAUAGGUAAUACUAUUUGUGUGUUGGUUUCCCCCUUUAACAUCUCCAGAGGAGACAGAGUCUAAACCUGCGGGGCGAUGCAGGAGACGGCGCCCACCGGGCAGCGCGACGUGGCGCUGUGCAGUGAAGGCCCUGUGGUGAGGUGCCCUGCCGGACAGCCGCUCGGGGUGGGUCCGUUUCCUGCACUUGCUGCUUGAAGGGGCAUCUGUCCCUACGACUGUGCGUGCAGAGUCCCUAAAGAAAGCUCUAAGCUCUUACAAGGAAAAUUUACCUAUUUGCUUUCUGUUGAAAUUACUGAAAAUGUUAAAUCGAACAGUUUAUGUCUUGUAUAGAGAGUGCCAUAUGUAUUUAAGUUGUGUAUUUUUAUAAAAUAAAGCCA